AAACAUCUGGUUUCAAAAAGGCUGCCAUUUCAAUUUACUUUCUGCUGUCCUCGUGCAGUGUUUGCCUAAGGCCAAAAGGCCAGGAGAAGGGAAAAGGGAAGGUUUCGGUCCAUUUUUCACGCAAAGUCAAUGUCCCCUCCCCUUCCAAAAAAAAAGAGUCGUAACGUUUCUUGUGGGAGGCCUGCGUGGCAUGUAAAUUGAAACAGGCUUAGAAAGAGAGUGGAUUUUCAUGGAGCGCAAACACAAGUUGCUUACCAAGGACGAAUCCUUCUAGAAUGCUUUAGUUUGUUUAAUCGAUUUUCCACAAACUGCAGUGCAUUUUCUGUGCCAGUUCACAAGCGACAGGUCCGGGAUUAACCAAAAAGCCUCACGGUGACAUGCUACAAUGGAGCAACGAAGGAACCAUCUUCCACAUGCUCUCGAAGUUCAAAACAACCUCCUUUAUAAAGCAGGCACAGGCUAUCAGCAAGAUGCUCAGAGACACACCCCAUCAUACACCUACCAUAGCAGGUUGGCAGAUUUCCGGAUAGAGAAGAAAAUAGGCCGGGGUCAGUUCAGUGAAGUAUAUCGAGCAACUUAUCUUCAUAAUGGAAAAGCAGUCGCGUUAAAAAAAGUCCAGGUAUUUGAAAUGAUGGAUGCUAAAGCAAGGCAAGACUGCAUCAACGAGAUUGACCUUUUAAAGCAAUUGAAUCACCCCAACAUAAUUAAGUAUUUGGACUCAUUUAUUGAAGACAAUGAGCUGAACAUCGUUCUGGAAUUAGCAGACGCAGGCGAUCUCUCUCAGAUGAUUAAGUACUUCAAAAAGCAAAAGAGACUAAUCCCAGAAAGAACGAUAUGGAAAUAUUUCGUGCAGCUAUGCAGCGCAGUUGAGCACAUGCACUCCCGAAGGGUAAUGCACAGAGACAUCAAGCCGGCAAAUGUGUUCAUAACAGCAACAGGAGCAGUCAAGCUGGGGGACCUAGGGCUAGGACGCUUUUUCAGUUCCAAAACCACAGCAGCACACUCUUUAGUUGGAACACCAUACUAUAUGUCCCCAGAGAGAAUACAUGAAAAUGGUUACAACUUCAAAUCAGAUAUCUGGUCACUUGGUUGUUUAUUGUACGAGAUGGCCGCACUCCAAAGUCCAUUUUAUGGAGAUAAAAUGAAUCUCUUUUCUCUCUGUAAAAAGAUAGAACAAUGUGACUACCCACCUCUCCCAGCAGAGCACUAUUCUGAAAAGUUACGAGAGUUGGUGAUCAUGUGCAUCAACCCUGAACCCGAUCUUCGACCCGAUGUUAGUUAUAUGCAUCAAAUAGCUAAGCAGAUGCACGGAUGGACACCAAGCACCUGAACCCAUCAAACUGUAUGGAAAUUUAUAAAAGAACAAUUAUAUCACACUCCUGCUUGAAUAUUGUUAAAAUUGCAAAAGAAGCAGAACAGUGAAGAUCUCAAGAAAGCAGCAUCAUUAGUGGAAUAUGGUUGAGCCAUUUGGAAUUAAACAGCACUGUAAGGACUGAUACUUUUAGGGUAGAUUUUAGAAUGGUUAAGCGCUGGCUGUCAUUUGGUCAAGUGAAGAAGGAAUGAUAUAGUCGCCAUGGUUCCGUGUUACUUUAGAAAAAUGUAUUUAUACGUGUACUUUCUAAUUUCAUACACCUAUUUCUGUCUAUAAGUGAAGAUAGGGUAAAGAAGGCAAGAUACACAAAAAUCAGUUCCCACACACUGCAAUUUUUGACAUAUUGUUGUCAGGAUAUGGCAUGAUAAAAAUGACAGAUAUAAAAUGGACAGAAAUGGUAAGACAAUCUUAAUGAUAUUAGAAAAAUAAAUGAUCUCUAAAAAUUUUUUAACAAAAGUUGAUAAUUGUAUUACCAUGUUAACUUAGAAAGAAACAAAUUUCUCUCUUUUCACAUUUAUUUUGCAUACUUCCACUGUGCCUACCCACAAGAUAUACUGUCUUUGUAGGCAAGUACUUAAGUAGUAGUAUCGUAACGGAAACCUAACUCAUAGCUUUGGGAUUUGACACUAUUUACCUAGGCUUUACUUAAACUAGAGUGACAAAUAAUAUUUUAGCAGUGAUGAACCUAUUGACUUCUUACAUUUUCUAUGUUGUCAGCUUUUAAGUCUUUAGUUGGAGACUCUAAACUUUAUACCAAGGAAGAUAAUCAGUGUUUAGUUAUUGAAAAGGAUUAGAAACUUGUGUGCUUUUAUUGUGGCCAAGAAAGCAGCACCUGGAAAACAUGCUGCAAUGAGCCAAACUUUUUUUUUUAUUAAUCUAUUUCUUUCUACUGAGCUGUCACCAGAUUUUUUUAAAAAAUCAUCACCUGUUAUCGACCUUUUUAGUUAGGAUUAUGGGACAACUCCAGCUUAAUUUUUGUGGACAAAAUCUAGAGCUUUUUUACUUAUUGAUAUGCCAUAAUGAUGAUGUUUCUCUCUCCAAGUAAAGUCUGUUGGAACCAGGUAUGUCGUUCAGGCUUCUCUGCUUUUCAGGCUCAGAGCAAUGCCCAUUCAUUUUUCCCCCUUUUCCAUAUCUGAGCUAAUUCACUUCUAUUACUAGCUGUUGUAGGUUACUCUGCAAUUAUUUUUGUAAUACUUUUGCAUAUAAUGAAACUGUUAAAAAGCAUCACUUUUAAAACGCAGCUUUUGGAUGGUCAACCCUCAGCAAGGAAAUGAUGUAGAACAGUUUCUUGGGCACAGUUCAAAGGGUAAAAUAACAUUCACAUUGUGCCCAAAGACCCUGACCAAACUAUAUCAGACUGGACAGAACAAGUAUAUAAAAGAGAUAACGGCAUGGAUUUUGUGGUCAUAUUGACAGCGAAAUUGUCAGCAUUCAGCGUUAUUACAACUGUGAAGCUGACAACAACUUUUGCCCAUGUGCAGUUAAAUGCAGGAAUCCAGAGGUUGCUGUCAAUGAUUCCAUGCUCCUCCCUAGGAGGAGCUGUUGAAGACCCUGCAGACAACAACCUUUAGAAAUCACUGAACUGAUGAAAAGUUCCCCUUUCAAACUGUAAUAUCCCUGUUAAAAGCUCCCGAAAAAGUUAUGCCUUGAUAAUGAGGUGUAACUUUGAUUUUAAAGGUGUACUAAGUUAUAACUACUGAAGAACAUCUCUGGCCCUGGAAAACUAAUUUUAUAUUUUUGUAAUGUCAAUUUUUUCCAUUAUGAUAAAAAUUCCAUUUUUUUUUAGUACUUUUUAAAGGAGUUGUUUACAUUAUUUCAGCUUCUGAUGUGUAUGUCCCACCUUUAUUUUGCUCUCUGUAAAAUCCACAUGAAGUGAAGGAUAAUAAGUUCAUUUUACUUCCCGGUUUGCUGUCUGUGAGAAUUCUUUAGUGUGAUUGGCUGCUCACCCUGCUUGAUGACAUCUCUGUUGCUGUCUGGAGAUCUCCUUGACUUGGUGCCAGAUUCAAAUUAAAAUCAGCAAAGAUGAAAUCUAUGCCAGAAAUUGCUAGAAAGUGGGCAGCAUUCAUCGAGAUCAGUGACAAGUGCUGUCAUUUUGCAACUGACCCCAAAAUCCAGGCCAAGAACUGAUAAUUCAACAUACCCAGUAUUGAUUAGUUUGGAGCAAUUGCUUACAACAAUUUGGACAAUUUACCCACUGUGAAAAUCUUGUAAAAUGUGAACAUUUCCUAUGUAAUCGUGGUCGUUUUUGAAGUUAAAAAAAUAUUUUUAAACACAACACAAAUGACUAAGAGAAAUAGUGCUUGAACGUUACAGACAUUUGAAUGCCUGUUCUGUCUCCCUAUGAUUCAUUCAGUACUUACUGGUACUAGUCCUGCAAGGCAACAGUAGGGAAUUGUAAACUAUUGUUAAUGAUUAAUGCUCGACAAUACACAGGUAAGGCAGAAGGACUUCUAGGUCAGCAUUCUUGCUGUUUCAAAUGGAAGUUGUAUAUCCAACCUGUGUAGCCAGAAUCAGCACCUUUAUACAAUGCCUGUGUUUAAGCGGUUCAUUAUUUAUGUGUGUACUGGAUUAUGCUUUGCACAUGAACAUUGCAUUAAUUAAAGUUAUGCAGGCUAAUAUAGGAACACUGCGUAGAUUAUAAACCAAUGCUAUUAGACAUGUUCAAGAAUAUGGUUGCUUAGAGAAAGGGAUAAAAUUGAAUUUGCACCUAUUGAUUUUAUCAUGGGUUCAAAACUGCAUAAUGUUUUUUUUAAUCAUGUGCUUGCAAAAUUCUGUGAAAUAAUUGCCAACCAUUAAAUCAUAAUGAUUUACAGCGUACUAACAGAAUAAAAAUACCUUUAAAUACUUAGAAGCUUAAUUUUUUUCUAAAUAAAACUUACUGUUCUAUUAUU